AUGGCUGAUGUUUCAUCGUUUGAACUGAACCCUAAAGUGAUCAGAAAGCAACCCCAACGUGUGGAAGACCCUUCAGAAAAUGCUAUCUUACAAAGGUCAUUUGCUAGGGCUUAUGAUAGACCACCGAUGGAAAGCUACCAGCUGUUCAUCAACUCUUUAGGAGCCUUUUUUGGUGGAUUUGGUAAGUACACUUGUUUUUGCUCUAAUCCAUAUAAACAAGUGAACCAGGGGGACGUUGGAUUGGUCCAAACCUUUGGUGCACUUACAAGGGUUGUUGAUCCCGGAUGGGUUUACGUAAACACAUGGUCAGAAAAGUUAUAUGUUGUCAGUGUUAAGAUCAACAUUAGGGAAAUUCCUGCGCAAAGAUGUUUCACUCGUGAUAACGUUAGUGUGGUGGUAACUUCAGUGGUUUACUACAACAUCACUGAUCCACAAAGAGCCGUUUUCGGUAUUGAUAACAUUCACAAUGCCAUAAUGGAGCGGACUCAAACUACAUUACGUGAUGUCAUUGGAUCUCGAAUGCUUCAAGAGGUUGUUGAAAAGCGUGAAGAAGUUGCAGAAGCCAUUGAGUCAAUCAUUUAUAAAACAGCACAAGAUUGGGGUGUUCACAUUGAAGCUAUUUUAAUCAAAGAUUUGGAAUUACCUCCCAAUGUUCAGCAAUCGUUGUCUAUGGCCGCUGAAGCCAAACGGAUUGGUGAAUCCAAGAUUAUUAAUGCCAAAGCAGAAGUUGAGUCUGCCAAAUUGAUGAGAAAAGCUGCCGACAUUUUGGCUUCUAAACCCGCUAUGCAAAUCCGGUACUUGGAGGCCAUGCAGGCCAUGGCAAAGAGUUCCAAUUCCAAGGUUAUUUUCAUGCCAAGUUCGGGUGAAGUUGAAAAAGUGGUACUGACCAAUAUUCAAGGAUCAGGUUAUGGAGCCAUUGAAUCUCAGGGUACCGGUCAAAAUCACAAUAACAAUGCUGAAUUAGAACCUGAUUCGAAUUGGUCACUGAGUUCCGAUCCUCACAAAAGGAUAAUGGACACCAUCGCCUUGCAUGAAAGUAUGGGUUGA